AUGAAUUUAAAGAAAAUGGUUCAUUGCAGGCUGAACCAAUUGAUUGGGCUCGAAGGUCGACGGUACAAUUUACACAAAUGUAGUAAAAAUUAUACAACAAACCUCAUCUAUCCUCGUUGGUGGAGUGAACAAGUGCACAAAGCUGUUAGUGACCGGCACAACACAGCCUCGAGGUUCGGAAACGGCUCGGUGUUGUUGGAUCAGAGUACGGUAAGACUUGGCCUGGCGAACCCUGUCACUACCUUCUACACGAUCGACGGUACCCCUAUCCACCACGUUGACGACCUUCAUGCCUGGAUUGAACAGAAUAUAGACAGUAUUCAUAAGCAAGCACUUCUAUGGCAUAGGUGGUAUUCCCAAGAAUUACUAAAAGAUGAAGCUGUGGAAAUCACAGAUAACUUGCUUGGAAUCAAUCAAGCUUCAGAAUCAUUAGAAGAGACUAUACACCGUCACAGUUUGGAUCUGAGAGUAAUUGAAACGGCAUACAAAAGAGUACCCUCAACAAAACCAGUUUCACGUGCAAUAUAUACGGGACACCCUGAUGUGAAAAAGAUGAUGGAAUCGCUCUCUGUCUCAACAAACAACACCAAACUGCUAAUUGUUAUCGUAUCUUUUCAGGGAAUCCUGGAUGGGACUAAAUUUGGAUCCAGCAAAAACGUUUGCCUCAAGCCCAUGCAGUUGGAUUUACCUGAUUUGGAUGUCUAUCCCACAGUGACACUUACCUCUCAUGGACGAGUUUUUCAGAUCGGUGACUCAGAAGGCCCAGGUGAAAACACUCUAUACGUGUUGGUGAUCAAAAUUGUUGGCCUUGAUGGACUCAAGAGGAUUUCUCAGUGUACUUUUCGGGUGUCUGGUGAGCCUGAAGCGACUCCAAGUGGUAAUUAUGGUGCUGGUGUUGUACUUAACCCCUGGGCCGAAUGUGCCUUACUGGGCUGUUAUCCAGUAAACUGUUCUCUUUCAGCCGAUCGGUUGACUGAUUCAAUCAAGAUCAAUGCACUUCGACAUGAUAAACGCUGUUUGCUUGUUGUGUCUGCAUACACUCAGAUAGAUAUUUCGUGCUGGAUCGGUUUUACUCCUUUCAACGAUCAACAACGGUCACCGUUCUCGAUCCCAAACCUAUUCCUGACUCUGUUGAUCGUCAGAAACUGUGGUAUUGUCUGGCUACAGAAAGGGUGUCUUGCGAAUUCUUGUUACGUAUUACUGCUCUACAUACCUUUUUCCAUGAAUGCGUUACGCUGGUUAGGCCGUGUGCUUAUUAUGUCAGAGGACUAUUUGCCUCGUUUAACCCCAUUCACUCAGCAAUACUGGAUAUGGACGACUGAGAAUCGGACAUUUUUAACGAAAGCCAACACAAACACAACAGAGAGCAAGCCUUUUCGACUUGUCACGGCAUAUGAAAUAUUCGGGAAUCAAAUUAGAUCGGAUUUAUUUGAAUCCGACACCAGUUCAUUUGAGGAUAUUGCACAAAUCCAAAUUCGAUCGCGUCCGGGUCCGUUGAAAAAUUACUUUACGAACGUAUGCCCAAAGCUACAGGUGAAUAUUUUACCGGUGCUGGAUGAUUCGGAAUUUGACAACAAAAAGGAUUAUACUGAUUUACAAUCAAGCCAUCCAAUCGCUCAUUGCUAUAUAUCGCUGAAAUCCUUAAACGUAAUUGACGAUGUGUCGAAUUCACAAAUCUCAUCAACGCCAUGCAAACUGCUCAUGGACAGUCCCACGCAGCAAUCAACGAAAGAAUCGGAAGAAGAUGAUCGAGGUGAUGAGGGACAUGGGGUUGGAAACAAGGCAGAGUAUGGAUUCAGCGCUUGUGUGUAUCUGAUCAAGAAACGCUCCUCGGAUACUGAAAACCAUAUGGUCCUGCCACCAACCGAGGAUGAAAGUACACAAAAUGAGGAAAAUUUGCCCAACUGGGUGACGUUUCCAAUAGAAGUAUGGGCGUCAUGUGGUGAAGAAUUUGUUCCACUGCACAAAAUUUACGAUGACUCGGAAUGGAUCAAAAGUCGACUGGAGGCAGAAAAGAAGGCGGAUGAGAGUUCCGCUCCAAUUACUUCUGAUUCAUCCACGUCAUUCAACAGUUUGAGAGAUGACGGAUCUAACAGCAGACUGCAAGACCCACAACCAGCUCCCGAACGUCCGAAACCAAACUUACCCCUCACUGCCCCGGUUUACAAACAACCUCAGCGUAAACGAAUCUUUGUUUACAAGAACCGCGAAGUCCCGUCAAAGAACGUCUUGGUGUGGGGGGACAAUUUGGAUGCGAUGAUGCAAGAUGCAUCCUCAAAGCUUGGUUGUACAAAGAAUCCCGAUAGGUUUUGCACUCUGGAUGGAAACCGCAUAAACCAGCUAAAAGACUUGAGACAGGAUCAAAUUGUUUGUCUUGUUUGCUGUGGUGAACGAUUUAUUGUUCCUAAGGAGAUCCGCCAAGCACAAAUAAGUGCCAACUGGGUUAGAGCUCGUCGCAAAUACGGUCCCGAGGCUACCGAUAUCGUCGUGCAAACCCGUACUCAUCCUUUUGUCAAUGUGGAUCCAUUUGAGUUGCCAAACUUUGCACAACAAAAACAAAGUCAACAGCAACAAACCAAUCAACGUGGAGUGACUACCGACCACCAAUUAACCCAUUUACGUUUUGAUCCAUAUCAUAUAUCAUAUCAUUCAGCUGUAACACCCUUCCGGUGUCUAGCUGCCACGCCACCCGAAGCAGGCACGAGGGCUAGGAUAUUGCCAGGUUGCCCAAGCCUAGACAGGCGAAAUCGAGAUGCAGAUGUAGGAUUGGAGCCACGGACCUUCCAGUCGGUAAAUUCACGCUUUAACCAAUGCGCCAUCUCGUCCCCCUGUUACGAUUUCAUCCAUAUCAUUCCUCCUAUUUUAAACGUGUGUACGUUUUUGAGAACGGCAAACCGAUCGAUACGGCGCAACCUAUAA